AUGGUCUGGGCCUGGUUCCGUUUCUCUGAGGGCGGCGGCGGCGGCGUUUCCGCUCUCGCUGUUGGCCGUGGAAACGGAGGAAGCGGAGCGGCUGGACUUUUAUGUGGGUCCCGCGAGCGGCGGGGAAGGAGAGGGAGAGGGCGGCUCAGCGGCGCACUCUAGCGGCCGAAGCGCGGAAGAGCAGGGCGGGCAGGUGGGGAGGCGGUUGCCAUGGCAACGGAGGGGAGGCUGGACCAGUCGCCUCGGGGAUGCUGCUGAUGCUGCCAGGGAGGCUGGCAACCCAGUGAUGCUGAGUCCUGCUGGUGCCACAGGGGUUCUUGCGGGGGCUCCCAAAAAGCUCCGUUUUGGGGAGUAGAGGGGUGACACAUUGCAGACCUGUGAGCUUCUGUGUACAUUUGGCAUUUAUUCAAUUAUUCUGAAUUCAUACCCCUGCACAAUGCCUCAAAGUGGUUUAUGGGGGGGAAAGGUUAAAAUGAUAAUAAUAAUAAUAAUAAUAAUAAUAAUAAUAAUAAUAAUUUUUAUUUAUACCCCCCCUUCCUCAGCCAAGGCUAACAAGCUGACAAGCGAUAAUAAAAACAAGUUGAAUGAAUACAACUUAAAAACAGGAUUAAAAUACAACAUUAAAAUAUUGACAUUAAAAUACAACGUAAAAAUACAAAGUGAGAACACAUAAUAGAUUUUUAAAAAUGAGACGUAAGAAAUAAAUAUGAAUAAAUAAGUACACCAGCACUGGACCCCUGCACAAAGAAAAGAUGACAGAUUGAUGAUGACAGAUAGUUAAGGGAGUCCUUUCUAAUGGACUGAAAGGAUGUUUAAAAGGAACUGAAGCAUAGGGAGCCAACAGGAUGCACUUCAGAUGAUGACAGACUACAGCUUGGCAGGGCCUAAUAAGAGUAGGGAGUCCGACAUCAUUUGGGGGGCAUAAUGCUGGCUACCCUUGAUGGCCCCCCUCAAAAAAGAGGGGUGGUUAAAAAACAUACCAGCAUUUCUAAGUGUCUUGGUAAACUUGCUUAAACAAGAAUGUUUUUAGCAGGCACAGUUCCUAAAUAUGGCAACCCCAGUUUUAAAAAAAGGGUCCUAAGCAUCCACUGCCAGUUAGAAAGGACAUUAUAUAUGUGUGUGUGUAUGUGUGUAUGUAUGUAUUUUAAAAAUAUAUAUUAUACACCACUUGAUUGUAAAACAGUCAAACCUCAAAGUGGUUUACAAAAAAGGUUAAACUUUCACAGAGCUAAAAUGACAGCAGACCAAAAACAAAUUAAAACUUGCAUCUACUUUCUAAACAUCUAGGUAGUCUUGUCUAAACAAUAAUGUUUUAAGCAGGCACCGAAAAGAGUACAGUGAAGGAGCCUGCCUGAUGUCAAUAGGCAGGGAGUUCCAAAGUGUAGGUGCCACCACACUAAAAGACCAAGUUCUUACAAAUGUGGAAUGGGUGUUUUGUGGGACCUGCAACAGUGCCGGUUCCACUGGGCUGGUCGAACAAAUAUUCUGAUCUGCUAGAAAGGAGCUUACUAGGCUACAGGCAUAAUAAUAAUAAUAAUAAUAAUAAUAAUAUCUUUAUUGUCAUUGCCCCCUUCGGGGACAACGAAAUUACUUGACUGCUCCAUAAAAACACUAAUUAAACAAUACAGUAUAAUACAGCAAGGGAGAUUAGAUGACUUUCAAAGUCCGGGCUUCCCAUUCAGGGCCGAGAUCGCUCUGGAGAAGAAGCUGUUCUUAAGACAGCUCGUUCUUGUCUUCAUCGUCCUGUAUCUCCGUCCCGACGGCAAGAGCUCGAAGAGACAGUGACCAGGAUGCGAUGGAUCUUUUACUAUGUCCAGUGCCUUCCUAUGGCACCUUGUGGCAUAAAUCUGCUCUAAGGUGGAGAGUGGGCAGCCAACAAUGCUCUCUGCUGCCUUAACAACCCUGCACAACCCCAUCCUGUCCUGGGUAGUACAGCUUCCAUACCACACACAUAAGCCAUAAGUAAGCACGCUCUCAAUGGCACAGUGAUAGAAGAUCUAAUGUAUCCAGUAUCCUCUUCUCACAGUGGCCAACCAGAUGCCCAGUAUGGGAAGCCUGCAAGCAAGACCUGAGUUCAAGAGCAUGCUCUGCUCCUGAGGUUUCCAGCAGCUGUUAUUCAGAGGCACACGGCAUUUAACAGCAGAAGCAGAGCAGAGCCCUUGUGGCUAGCUGCCGCUGGUAGCCGUUUUCUCCAUGAACUUGUCUAAUUCUCUUUUAUAGCCAUCCAAGUUGGUGGUCAUCGCUAUCUUUGGUGGGAACAAAUUCCGUAGUUUAGCUUUGCAUUGUAUGAAUAAGUGCUUUCAUUUGUCUGUCCCGAAUCUUUCAGCACUUAAUUUUAUUGGAGGUCCACAAUUUAUUGUAUUUUGAGAAAGGGAGAAAAACUCUACCCAUUUUCUCCAUAUCAUGCAUGAAUUUAUAUACCUCCAUCCUGUUGUAAAACUCUGAUCAGAUUCUAUUAGCGUACUCUAAGGAUUAAAUGCUAACUGCUGAUAAAAUUAUAUACAUUAAGGACCGAGCACAUGUAAAAACUCAAUGGAAAAGUGGGUGUUUUGAGUACAUUGUUGUGUCCAACAGAGAAGGUAGGCAGGAGAUGAUUAAUGGCUUUUAUUGAAGAUUGGUUACGUUGGUUAACUACUAGCAACGUGAAAACCAUCAGGACUAUUAUGUCCUUCCUGCUUACAGCCCAUGGUAAAAUAAAAUGAUUCCAGUACCAUAUUGUGUCAUUUUAAAGCUAACAAGAAUAUGUAAAAUAAAGACCUCAAAUCUUAUUUUAUUCAUUUAACAAAAUUUAUAUACCAGUUGAUUGUAGUAAAGCCUUUAAGUGCGUAACAAGCAAUAUUAAAAUGCAGUGUUAUCUCAAUUUUCAGCUGUACCAUGUUAAAGGGAAUGAAAUCAAUUAUAUCAGAAGUAAAACAACAAUAAUAAGACUGAAUUACCCUUUGCAAUUUAUUUUCCACCAAUGACAGGAGAGCAGGUGGGGUAGGGUGUUGGCUUCUGCAGCCAAUCAAAAAGCUAAGAUACAAAAAGAUAUCUUACGGGUUUUCUCAAAUAUUUGUAUAAAGUUGUUGUGACUUUAUUAUGUUUCAGUAAGUUUCAUUAGCAACCUGGAGGUUACUGGCCAAAGGCAACUUUCAGGUAUUUUUAAAUAAAAACAAUAAACGUUUUCAAGUCUCGUCUUUCAUCUACCGGGGCAAUUCCAUUCUGUGAAGUCAUGCCACCGUACCCAGACUCUCCCCUGUUCUGCUUUCUAGAAUAUUAGGUUUACCAGGUAUCUACCUGGGAAAUCAUUGUGUCUCUCUAACAGCGCCCAUAAGUUGCAAAAUAUUAUGCUGGGCAGAGAAAGCUAAAUCCAUGCCAUCUCAUUUUCAUCAUUUGCGUAUAACAUGUCUAGCCUCUGAGUUCUUUCCACAACUACCAAUGGGCAAACUCCCUUUCCCUCUGGUCCUUGAAUACCUACACUUCUCCUGGAUGCACGUGAAGGUACAGAUCCCUCCUUUCUCAGCCUUUUGAGCUCUGCCCAUCUUUGCUUGUGCUCCCUGCAGGUGGAUGGCAGUUCCUGAAGGAUGAACGCCAAGUAUGCUGUCCUCGCAAUGCUGUAUUUUGUCCAAGGCAUCCCGUAUGGGCUCCAGUCUGGGCUGCUGCCUAUCUACUUCCGCACGCUGGGCCUCUCCUUUACCAAGAUCAGCCUGUCUAAGGUGCUUUAUGUGCCCUGGAUUCUCAAGAUGCUCUGGGCACCCCUGGUGGACCAUUACUUAACCAAGAGGACGUGGCUGCUGCUCACCCUGUAUGGCUUCGUGCUGGCCUGCCUGGCCUGCUCCCUCAUGGCCCCCGAGGCAAACUUCUUCCCGGUGGCCAUCGUCCUCCUUCUCAUGAACUUCUGCGCCUCCAUCCAAGACAUUGCAGUGGACGCAAUUGCCAUCCAGCUGCUGACGCAACGUGAGAUUGGGUACGGCAACACCAUCCAGGUCGUGUCCUACAAGCUGGGCUCCGUCUUGGCAGGAGGGGGCCUGGUCACUUUCCUCCAUCACCUGGGCUGGCAGACCCUCUUUGUGGGCCUGGCCCUUCUUUAUGUUGUGGCCAUUGGAGUCACCUGGAAUGCUAACCUAAAACUGAAAGUGAGGUUCAAUCCUCAAUACAGUUGGGUCAGGUUCAGAACCUUAAACCCCUGCCUCAUGCUCCAAGAGCUUCUCAAGGUGCCGGACACUCUUUGGACUGUUGGUUUGGUGCUCCUCUAUAAGCUGGGUGAGUCCUUCUAAAGACUAGCAGCCAAAUGGUUGAUCUGUUAGGACAUGCACAGUGUGUCUUUGGGAAAGGGGUCCAGGCUACUGGGGAGAGAGUAAACAUGGGGAUAUUGUGCGCAGCUCAGCAAAGUCACAUGAUGUAGACCUUCCAAGUUGAUGCCGUUUCAGGUGUGAGAGGUGAGGGUGAGGACACUAUAGUUUUGAACGCACCUCCUCUUAAGCACCUUCAGCUUCUUAGCUCUUCCGGUUUCUCCAGCCUAGUGACUUCCAGAUGUUUCAGACUGCAACCCCCAUCAGCCAUGGGGAGGCUGUCUUACGUCAUGUGCUUUUUUUAAGUAACUGAGUUAGCCUGCAUCUUGUGACGCACCCCCAGAGUUACAACAGAGAUAGUUUCUCUGGCAGUUAGGCCUCUACAGCCUGUGUGUCUGACGCCCUUGUUACAACAGCUCUGCUGGCUACUGGCCUGCUUCCAGGCCCAAUUCAAAGUGCUGGUUGUGACCUGUAAAGUCCUAGAUCAGAGCUUUCAAAAUGGUGUGUCCCAACAUGUUAGCAUGUCAGCUGCAGUGUGUAGGUGUGUCGCGCGAAUGCUCCCCGUGCUCCUCCUGGGGUUGGAAAGGGGUUUAACCUCCGGUUUGCUAGUAAAACUGAAUUACUGUGUCGCGAAAUGAUGCAUGUCUAAAAAGCGUGUCAGCAACAUGAAAAGUUUGGAAAGCUCUGCCCUAUAUGGUUCCAUCCCAAGCUAUCUGAAAGGCUAUAUUCAUCCAUGCAGGCAGCAACCAUUUUGCAUGCGUCUGAUUGACGUGUGAACACCAAUGCAUGGGUCGUUUUGGACCUGGGAGAGGGCAGAAUGGGGGCAGAACAGGGUGGGGCAUAACAAAGUGGGCAGGCUUAUGCUCACCCCACUGACACACACAGGGGCUAGGAAUAGAGUCCCUGCGCAAAGUGGUUGCUGCCUGUAAUAGUAACUAUAAUUCCUCUUCCUAUUAUUUGCAGCAGCUGAGGUUCCCCAGCCCAGGGCAGGCUUUGCUGGAAACUGAACCUUGAUUCUCCUUGCAGGUGAACAAGGGGCCAUAUCCAUGUUUCCCCUCUUCCUACUGGACCAUUCCUUUUCCCCACAGGAGCUUGGCUUCUGGAAUGGGAUUGUGGCCAUGAUCUUCUCCAUUACAGGCUCCUACCUCGGAGGCUAUCUGAUGUCAAAACAGGGGUAAGCACCAUCAGCCUUCAAAUGGGGUUUCAUGCUAUGGAUUCUCCAUGUGGUUUUUCAUCCUACUCUGCCCAACUUUUCACUUCCAGCAGGCACUUUCUACCUGCCGUGCUUUGUCCCAUUUAUGCAGAAUUAUGAGACUCCCGUACACUGAGAAGCGGGGAGAAAAGAGAAUUGGGAAUGCCUGAUCUGCUCUCAGGAAUCCGUAUCUUUUGCUGCCUCAAGGGCCAGAAGCGUUUUACAAAAAACAAAAAACUAACUAUGGAUCCUCGGAGGGUUGAAUGGCCAUUUGCAAAUGCUUUUGAAAACAUGCCCAUCUGCCACCUAUUAACCUUUGACUUCCUCUGCACUCAAUUAGAAAUAGCUAACAUUUUCAUGGGACGCGGGUGGCGCUGUGGGUUAAACCACAGAGCCUACAACUUGCCGAUCAGAAGGUCGGCGGAUCGAAUCCCCGUGACGGGGUGAGCUCCCGUUGCUCGGUCCCUGCUCCUGCCAACCUAGCAAUUCGAAAUCACGUCAAAGUGCAAGUAGAUAAAUUAGUCGUGCUGGUCAAAUGACCCAGGAGCUGUACGCCGGCUUCCUUGGCCAGUAAAACAAGGUGAGUGCUGCAACCUCAGAGUCGGCCGCAACUGGACCUAAUGGUCAGGGGUCCCUUUACACUUUACCUUUAACAUUUCCACAGCACAUGUUUUGCCCUGCUUGCAACAUCUACCCCCGGAAUGCUGAAGGCUGGAUCUUCUCUCCAGGGCAGCCUGAUUUGAUUCAUAGCCUUUUCACUUCAGCCUCUGUCCUUGCCGCCCUGCAAUGAACCUCUUCUUGUACUGUCCCUGAGUGUUUCUGCCAUCCCUGAUGACUUUCCUUUGUGGCUUGUUUCCCCAGGAACCCCUUUUCUAUGCUGAAGACCUUGAUGAUAUUCCGCUUGUUCAGCCUGGUCUUCCAAACACUCCUGCUGAUUGCCUAUGAGGACAAAAAACCAGUCUUUGAAGGUGAGCUGAAAGCAGCCCAACACAGCAGCUGUUUCUUCUGCUUCAGUCUCGGUUCAGAUCUCAUCCAAGAGUCCUAAAGUCACAAAUGUGUUUACUGUGGUUUAUUCUCCCCACCCUGAAUCUGAGUGUUUGCAGAAUUUGAAGGACUUAAAUGAGGAUGACCUUUUAUAAUGGCAGUGCAGAGGGAACGCUCUUAGAUACAGCCUCUCUCCCCAUCCUUCCACACAAAUAUUCCUAGUACAUGAGGAUAAGAAAUGGUGCAUUAUUGGAUUGUGGCUGAAAGCCACACAGAACAGGGGUUACAGCUCAAAAGCUUCCCUCUGCUAAGGAUUUAUGGGACCUCCUCUCCUGGUCUGCUCUGCAGAGGACCUUAAGGUCCAUGAAUAACCAUAGUUUAGAGGUCCUGGGCCCUAAGGAAGCCACACUAUCCUCCACCAGGGCCAGGGCCUUCUCAGUGAUGGCUCUGACCUGGUGGAAUGCUCUGUCCCAGGAGACUAGGGCCCUUCAGGAUUCCUCCUUCUGUCGGGCCUGUAAGACAGAGCUAUUCUGCCUGGCCUUUAAUUUGAAUUCAGCCUGAUCUUUUAUUUCCCUUCUCUUUCCUCCCUCUCCUUUUUUUAUGAAGAUUACCUGCUCUGAGACCCCACAUCUAAUUCUCCCCUGGCCUCCUCGCUGGCCCAAGUAGGACCAAUUCAGCCAGCUAGCCCUGGGGAUUACCUAAUGCUUAUUAGAUGGAUUUCCCCUAAAUUGAUUUCCGAACUUUGAAUUUUAUUGUUAUUCAUGUUUUUAUACUGUAUUUUAUGCUGCUUUUACAAUUGUGUUUAAAAUUUGUUGUUAGCCGCCCUGAGCCCGGUUUUUUUGAACCGGGAAGGGCGGGGUAUAUAUAUAUAUAUAUAUAUAUAUAUAUAUAUAUAAAAUAAGGGAGUCAUUUGCAGACCUUGCUUGCAAAUUUGCACAUGCACACUUACAACCAGGACGGCCAAAAUUUUUGCAAAGCAAUGGAAACUCUUGAGUUCCUCAAGAGUUGAGGCCCAGCAGCAGGUAAAGAGACUGUAGCUCUUGAAUCCUUAACCCACACCUUCUUUGGGUUUUUGGAAGCCAGCCAGACACUUUUCCCUGUUUGCUGCUUCUAGACUAACAGAUCUCUCUCCCCCUCCCUCUCUCUCUUUCUCUCUCUCUGUGUCCAGUGGCAGCUGUGCUGAGCAUCUCCCUACAGCACUUCAUCGCUGGCCUGGUAACCACCUUAACAUUCAGCAUAAUGAUGCAAUGUGCACAAAAGGCCCAGGAGAACAUACAGGUACAACUCUUGCCUCUACAUUCCACUCCCCACCCCACUGCCCAAAGAACAUGUGUUGGCUUGCUUUGGGUGUUUAAAAAGCUUUGGUUCUUUAAAAAGCCAGUUCACUUAAUAUGAACUAGUCACAUCUUAACUAGAGAAGGCCUGGAAAAAUGCGGGGGGGGGGGGGACGGAGGGGACGGACACACCAGGCUUUUCCCCAUUUUCCCCCAAAGCCGUUUUCCCCCAGAAAAAUGAGGUGGGGGGGGAGUGUGUGGAAUAUUCAAACUAUAUAAAAAAGUUGUUUUCAAUUUUUCUGGGGGGAAACGGCUUUGGGGGGAAAUGGGUAUUUUUCUGGUAUUCUUCCAGGCCUUUCCAUCUCUAGUCUUAAACCACCUUCUAAUUUAUUGAGGUUUCUGGUUAUUUGUACCCCCAGGUAUCUGAACUUGGUGUGGCAAAGUUUUAUCUUGGUGACAUCAGUGAGUUCUUUUUGGGUGUGGGGAGGAGUGUUGAAGCACAUAGCUUCUGACUUUGCAAAAUUUACUUGUAGGCCCGACACCAUUGCAAAUGUGUUGAGUUCUUUGAUUAGGGAGGUUGCUGUGCUUAUGGGGUCUGGUGUUGUGACCAUUAGGUCAUCUGCAAAGAGCCCUGAUUUGUAGGUUCUGCCUUUUAUUUCCACUCCCUUGAUGUCUGUGGCCACUCGGAUUUGGAUUGCUAAGGGUUCCAGAGCCAGGAUAAAUAAUUUCCCCCCCCUUUAACGUUGUGUUUUAAUGCUGUAACCUGCCCUGGGACCUUAGGGUGAAGGGUGGGAAACAAACGAAUAGAUGAAUAGCAUUUGCUCCUCCCUCACUGUGCCUUCAAGAAGAAUGUGUGUAAAUGAGCCUUUAGGCCAUGCAUAGGCAAACCUGGCCUUCCGGAUGUUUUGAGACUACAAUUCCCAUCAUCCCUGACCACUGGUCCUGUUAGCUAGGGAUCAUGGGAGUUGUAGGCCAAAAACAUCUGGACGGCCGAGUUUGCCUAUGCCUGCUUUAGGCUCUCUUCAAAUAUAAAUGGGACGUGGGUGGCGCUGUGGGUUAAACCACAGAGCCUAGGACUUGCCGAUCAGAAGGUUGGCGGUUCAAAUCCCCGCGAGGGGGUGACCUCCCGUUGCUCAGUCCCUGCUCCUGCCCACCUAGCAGUUCAAAAGCACGUCAAAGUGCAAGUAGAUAAAUAGGUACCACUCCAGCGGGAAGGUAAACGGCGUUUCCAUGCGCUGCUCUGGUUCGCCAGAAGUGGCUUAGUCAUGCUGGCCACAUGACCCAGAAGCUGUACGCCAGCUCCCUCGGCCAAUAAAGCGAGAUGAGCGCCGCAACCCCAGAGUCGGCCACAACUGGACCUAAUGGUCAGGGGUCCCUUUACCUUUCCAAAUAUAAAUGGGGAGGGAAACAAUUCUGUGCGCUGCCUCUGGGCUGUGGCCUGGGUCCCCUCCUCUCCUUACGAUGCUUCUCUUUCCUCUUCAGGCCACUCACUACUCCCUGCUGGCCACGCUGGAAGUGCUGGGCAAACUGGUGUUCAGCAGCCUGGCAGGCAUCUUGGUUGACUGGCUGGGCUUCGUCGGGGCCUUUAGCGUUUUCCUCGCCCUCUCCGGCACCUCUGUUGCCUACAUCCUGUCUUCCAGAAGGUGA